UACUCAAACAAUUUAAUUAAGUUACUUUGAGCAUAUUUGAUUAGAUUUUAUAAAAAAAUAUUUGAAAAUAUAACCUCAAUAUGUCAGGUCCUGCGAUUGAUAUGUUUUAUGAUGAAAAUUCUGAACAAAACAUUGAGAGUUCAGAUAAUUCCACAUCAGUGGUUGUAGAUUGGCUAAACCAAGCAUCACUAGCUGAUACAACUGAAAAAGUGACUUUGAUAAAAAAAAUUCAAGAAUAUAUAUUACAUAAAGAGCCCAGUUUAGCAAAGACUUAUUUGGAUAACAUACUAGAUUUUUGUGCUGAUCCAAUCCAAGAUGUCAAAAAAGCUGUUGUUGCGUUUAUUGAAGAUCUUUGUAAGACGGAUUCAUCGCUCUUUCCCUAUGUUUGCCGGCAUUUUUUGAUGUUGUUAUGUGAUGAAUCCGUUCAAGUACAAAAGAGAGCUGUGCAGGCAGCCAGAUUAGUUUACCGUUGUGCUUUGCAGCACUUAAGUAAUGCUCCUCAAGUUACAGAACAAAUGGAGCAAUCAUGGAAAUAUUUAUGCCAAGCAAAGAAUCAGAUAAUUACCAUGAUUGAUAAUGAUAAUGACGGAAUAAGAACAAAUGCUAUAAAAUGUUUAGAAAGCAUUGUUUUACUCCAAACACAUAGAGAUAAAGAUUCAACCGACAAUAAUCAGAAUAAACAAGCUGGACUCGCUGAUUUUUCAUUAGAUGAUGUUCCAUUAACUUUAAAAGUUGCUAGAAGACGCAAGUUAGAAGAAGAAGCAAUACAAAUUUUCCAAGCAUUGCUGCACUUUCAUAAUUCUCAACACAUUUCAAGUGUAAAUUUAAUGGCAUGUAUGGGAACUUUAUGCACAAUAGCAAAGUUGCGAUCGCAAUUUAUGCCAAAGGUUCUAGAUGCAUUAGAUAGCUUGAAUGCAAAUUUGCCACCAACAUUAUCCAGUUCUCAAGUGAACAAUGUUCGCAAACAAUUAAAAUUACAAUUGUUUAAUAUUUUAAAACAUCCGGCUAGCAUAGAUUAUCAUGAUAACAUUACUCAAUUGCUUACUGAAUUGGGUGCUUCUCAAGCAGAUAUUACUAAAAAUACUCCUAAAAUUGAUAAAGCUGAGGAACGUCGACGGCAAAAGAGGUUUUUGGAACAAGAAUUAAAUAAACAUUUAACAAUCAAAAAGCCUAGGUUGGAUCCAGAAGUUGUGGAAGAGAAAAGCAAAGCAGAAUUAGAACUUGAAGAAUUAGAUAAAAAAAGGCAGGAAAUAAAUGCAACUAAUGAAAAAUUUGCUUUUGAAAAGUUACAAAAUAUUGACAAUGUUGUGCAGCUAGUUAUGAAAACUAUGUUAAAACUUCCAAGUAAAAUACCAGCGCAAUUUAUUCAAGAGUAUUCUCCAAUUCCUAAUUCUGGUUCUAUUGCACAUAUUAAAAAUAUUUCCAAAUUGAUUGGAGAGAAAUUAACAGAUUUGAGUAUGGGACCUUCAGGAUCUUUGAUAAAAGAUACACUAAUGUCAAGAGCAAAAGAAGAUUUAAUAAUUAAUAAACCGAAUGUAAGGCUUGAAGAAAAUACAAAAAUGGAUGAAGAUGCACAAGAUAAUGAAAAUAGUGAGCUUGUACGUUUAGAAGCUAUGAAGAAAUUAAGAGAAAAUAUGGAGAAAGAACGCAGAUCAGAAAUAAAUACUAAAGCACUUAAAAUGCGUGUGAAAACUUUGAAAUUGCAAGAGCUCACAAAACCACUUAUGCCUGAUGUUAAAGAGCAAUUGUUGCUAUUAGCUCUUCGAAGAAUAUUGAAAACUGAAAGAGAAUCUAUACAAGGAGGUGUAAUGGUGGAACGUCGUAAAAUUGUUACUACAUUAGCAACAUCAUUUAAAGCAGAUAUUCGUCAAACAGCAUUAGAAUAUAUAUUGUUAGAUAUUAAAAAUAGACUUGACUUAGCAUUUUCUUGGCUUUAUGAAGAAUACAGUAUAUUACAAGGAUUUAUGAAAAAGGGCAUCAAUAAUACCAAAAUUGAAUCAAGACCAGAUUUCAGUUAUGAAUGGUUGCUGUGCUCAAUGAUUAAAUAUUUACUAAAUAAUUCAGAUUUUAGAGAUAAAGAAUUAGUAUUAACUCGAAUAUAUUUAGAAGCACCUUGUUUAACUGAUGAAACAAUUUCUAUUUUGGCUAGCAUGUGUGAAGAUGAAAAUAACUUUAGAAUAUCUUUUAAUCUUCUAAAAGAAUUAAUAAUAAAGAAACCUCCAAAACAAACAAAGCUUUUGAAUGUUUUAUUGUGUUUUACAGUUCAUGAAUUGGAAAACAUACGAGAGUAUGCCAUUAAUACAACUGUAGAAGUUUAUAAGCAUAGCGAAGAAAUUAUGAAUCAAGUAGAUGACCGAGCUUCAACAUUCAUGAACUAUUUAACAUUAGAUGAACCAUCAAAUCAAUUAUUUGGACCAUCAUUAGGCAGACCUAUUAAAACAGAUGUCUGGAAUGAAGAAUUAUACAAACAAUGUCUGUACUUAUAUCUCGCACUGAUACCAUCGAAGCCAGUGCUGAUUCAUGACUUGGGUCGUGUUUAUAUACAAACUGGUCCUGAUGUUAAGAGGUGCAUUCUUAGAUUAUUAGAGGGACCAGUUAGACAACUCGGCAUGGAAAAUACUGAAUUGAUGAAAUUAGUUGAGGCCUGUGCAAAGGGAUCUGAAACCUUGGUUACAAGGGUGAUACAUAUUUUGACCGAAAGAAGUUUGCCUAGCAUGGAACUAGUUUCUAGAGUUCGAGAUCUUUAUCACACUAAAGUAUCUGAUGUCCGAUUCUUAAUACCAGUAUUAAAUGGUCUUAAUAAAGACGAGGUUAUAGAUUCUUUGCCCAAAUUCAUUAAACUAAAUCCAGUAGUUUUAAAGGAAGUUUUUAAUAAGCUGCUGAAUAAUCAAGCAGGUCCUACAUCAUAUCCUAGUCCAGUUACACCUAUAGAGUUGCUUGUAGCGUUACAUACAAUAGACACAACUAGUGCAGAUUUAAAAUUCGUAGUGAAAGCAACAAGUUUGUGUUUAGCAGAGAAGGAAAUUUACACGCAAGAAGUGAUGUCAGUAGUUAUACAACAAUUGAUCGACAUAACUCCAUUACCUACAUUGUUAAUGAGAACAGUCCUGCAAUCAAUGACAAUGCAUCCAAGAUUAUGCAGUUUAAUUAUGAAUGUUUUACAAAGGCUCAUAAUCAAACAGGUUUGGACUCAAAAACUUGUAUGGGAUGGAUUUUUGAAAUGUUGUCAACGAACCAAACCGCAAUGUUUGCCAGUGUUGCUUCAUUUACCGUUGCCACAAUUAUCAGAUACAUUAACUCAAUGCCCUGAUCUGCAUGAACCUUUAAAACAGUAUAUUAAUGGAUUAGAUGAGGAGAAAAUAAAGGCGAUAGACGAUGAAAUUAUUGAAGUUAUUUUCGGACCAGAUGGAAAGCCUGGUAUGUUACCAUUCGGAGUAUCUGUAAAAAUGGAACCAGGGUCAUGUGUGCCCAUUGCAGUGAACGAUGUGCUUCCGCCAGGAUUGGAAUAAAUUUAUAGCACACGGUUGCAAUUGUA